UCACAGACCGCUUAUAUAGUCAAAGAUAUUCCGGGCCUAAUAGUGAUCCCUAACCCAUUCAGCCCAGAAGCUCAAAGGGCAAUGAUUGCACAAUGCCUCACAGACUUUGCUCGACCACCCAAUACAUCCAACCAUGACGCAUUUUUCAAGAUACCCGAAACAGGACUCUGGCCUCUUUAUGUGGCCGAGCAAUCCGGAGCCAAGUCUAUUCCGACAGUGCCUCCAAAGGAAAAAAGCCAGGGUGCUUUUUUGGCCAACUCAUUGCUGUCACCCACAGAUAUGCUCCGUAAGCAGCGGUGGGUUACGCUCGGAUAUCAAUAUCACUGGGGUACAAAAGAAUAUGAUCUCGAGCGAGAUAUCAAAGUACCCUCGACAGUGGGUGAGAUGGCUGUGGAUGUGGUGACUGCAAUCCAAGGAAUUGGUGGUGAAGGCUGGACGAAUUCAUACCAGGCCAAUGAUUUUGCAGCUGAGGCCGGAGUAAUUAAUUAUUAUCAGAUCAAAGACACUUUGAUGGCCCAUGUUGAUAAAAGUGAACUAAACAUGGAAGCCCCACUUGUUUCCGCCAGCUUUGGAUUGUCGUGCAUUUAUCUUCUUGGAGGUCCCACAAAGGAAACACCCCCUGUAGCUCUCCGCCUAUCCAGUGGCGAUAUUAUUGUCAUGACGGGAGCUUGUCGGAAAGCCUAUCAUGGGGUUCCUAGGAUCCUUGAAGGCACGUUGCCAGAUUACCUCGGAUCUGAUGCGUUUGGUGACCAGUUGGAUGGGGAGCUUCUUGGAAAAUGGAUGAAUAGUACUCGUAUUAACCUCAACAUUCGUAAAGUAUUUCCC